UCAGGAAGAUCUGAACGACUUCGGAAGCCUCUUGCGUUUUGUGAGGCGACUAAAUGGCCACUUCUCCGCUUCAUUACUGAGAAACCUUGCAAAACUGAUCUCACAUAUGUUAAAAGGGCGAAAUAAAUCAGGUUAGAUAAAAGCAUACGAUUAUUGCUCAGGAUAAAGCGGUUAAAACGCGUUAUUCCUCCGUCGCGUGCUCGCGGUGCCUCAGCUCGUGAGCUCGCGCUAAUCACACCAAACUAGCCCACCAGGUACGCAGAGAUGUCCAAGCCAACAAAUUCUGCUUCUCGCUCCCGGUCCAGGUCUAGGUCCAGAUCGAGGACCUACUCCCGAUCUCACUCGAGGAGUCGCUCUCGCUCGAGGUCAAGAAAGCGUCGCUACAGUUCUAGAUCAAGAUCCCGUUCGCAUAGCAGGGAGAGGAACUAUCCUUCUAGAGAUUUCCAGGGCAAUCGUGGGUAUAACCGUGGUUUUCGUGGCUACCGGAGGCCUUUUCAGUACAACCGGGGUAGAGGGCGUGGCUACUUCCCAAGAGGUAACUAUCACCGGGGUGGUAGCAACUAUGGUUACCGGUCCAACAAUUGGCACGGCCAUAGAGACCAACAGCAGCAGUACGACCACUCAUACAGCCCUAGAAGAGGCCGCUCGCGUUCCCACUCACCACGAAAACGUACACCAAGCCGAAGCCGCUCACGCCAUUCCAAUAGAUCAUCUUCUGGCCGUUCCAGACGCUCCAGCUCAUCUUCCCGCUCGCCAUCUUCACAUCGACGCAACUCCAGCACUGGGCGACCCCAUUCUAAAGAUGGCAAAGACAAGGGAUCACCAGGUGAGAGCAAGGGAGCCACUAAAGAAGCAUCCAAGCCUACAGGAAGCCCCCCAGAAGAGUCCGGCAAUAAAUGGGAAGGCAUGACCGACUAUGAUGCCAGUCCCAAACGCAGUGCUGCAUCUGCUGGUCCAUCAGACAUCAAAGUGUCACUUUCUGGAAAUUCCGGCAAUGGUGGUUCACUGUGGCGAAGCAUCGGCCCUGCUAGUAAAAGUCCACCAGCAAAGACGUCAACCUCAACUGGCUUUGGCUUCUUCUCAAAAGAAGACAUGAAGACAGAAGACAAGUCUGCCUCCAUCUCGACAGCUUUCAAAAAGUUUUUGGCAGAAAAGAAAAAGCCUUCAGACAGGGAUAAUGGCAGGGGGGAAUCUUUAAGCUUGGGUGAAGCUGACAACGAGAAGAGUGGCAGUAAGUCGAGAACCACAUUUAACACAUCAGAUUCUGACUAUGAUGGUUCAAAGACUGACAAAGUCCUUCCGUUUUUGGAUCCUGAAGAAGAGGAGUAUCGACAGGAACUGAAGGAGAGGAAGGCUGAGGAGGAGACAAAGUAUAAAGAAAAAACUCUUGUCACGAUGAGGGACUUGACUGAAGAGCGCUUCGGGAAAUGGGACGACUCCGUUUAUCUGUCCAGCAAAGAAUCGUCAAGGAGGGAUGAAGAUGUUGAGGAGGAACUGGAUGAGGAACUUUAUCGCAGUCGGAAACAUGCGUCCAGAAAAGAAGAGAAGGCCGCCAAGAAGAAAGAAAAGAAAAAAAGUAGGAUCAGUAUCAGUCCAUCUUCUCCGCCAUCAUCUGGAGGCAGGCCACUGUUUCCAGCUGGUAGAGAGGCUUCCCCACCAGUUAAAUCUUCAGCCAAGAAAGAGCCACAGUUUAAUUUUAGUAUCAAGGCAUUUACUGGUGAUGGAGAAGGCUCAUCAGGUGCAUUAAAUAAAGAGAGGCGUUUGUCACGGGAUCUUGUGCACCCUGGUAAAAAAGAUCAGGAAGACUUUCGCUCAAUCUUCCAGCAUAUUCAGUCCGCUCAGCUUCGCAGAAGCCCUUCAGAGCUAUUUGCUCAACACAUAGUGACCAUAGUACAUCACAUUAAAGCUCAACAUUUCAAGUCAUCUGGGAUGACUCUGAAUGAGCGUUUUGGAAUAUACCAAAGAAAAGCUGCUGAGGUCGAAAUGAUGAAGCCAAAAAAGAGUCCUGAGAUCCACAGGCGAAUCGAUGUGUCUCCCAGUGCUUUUAAGAAGCACUCUCAGAUGUUUGAGGAUUUCGAAGAGAGCGGCUACAAGGAUCAUGGCAAAAGGCAUGAAGGCGACUCAUUGGACCUCCGUUUGGCUAUUGAACGCCGUAAAAAGGAUCCUAAACGAGAAGGGGGAAAGAGUUCAGCUGGCUCACGCACACCCAGCCAUGAACUCUCUCCCGACAGAUCCUCCAAACAAAAGAAAUCCAAAAAAAGCAAAAAGAAACGAGAGCGCUCUCCUUCCUCCUCCUCCUCUUCGUCCUCCUCUCCCUCCCCUCGUCCCUACAGAGGGAAGGAGUACCUGGAGGAGCACAUGGAGGGAGGCUUUAACAAGGCCCGCCUGGGGUCACGGGACUACCCCGGGCCCAUGGAGCGCGGCCCUCGAGACUAUGAGGGCUACAUGGAGAGGGGUUAUGAGCGGGACAGAGGAGGAUACGAUCGAGGAGGAUAUGACAGGGGUCGCGGAGGUUAUGACCGGGGCUUUCCGAGAAUGAGAGGAAGAGGAUGGAACCGUGGUAAUUACCCAGGCAACAACCCCAACAUCAACCCUCCGAAUAUGGGCGGCCCACCGCGUCCCCCAGAUGAGGAGUGGGACCCUGAAUACACCCCCAAAAGUCGAAAAUACUUCCAGCACGACGACCGGGACAAGGAGGGGGAGAUGAAGUGGCUGGACACAAGGGGGCGAGGAAGAGGGAAUUAUCCACGUGCUAGAGGCACCUUCGUGAUUCGAAAGAGCGGUGGGAGCCCAAAGUGGACCCACGACAUGUUCCAAGGCAACAUCGAAGAGGGAGAGAUUGAGGGAGGCUCAGAAAACAAAGAUGAUGAUAAAUCUGGGGAAAACACCGCUUCUAAACCAUAGUCUGUUUCUGUAAAUCGAGAAAUGCAUCCUCUUUUUGUUCUGGUGUUGGACUGUAUGAUAAAACCAUGUCGUUUAUAGCAGUGUUUCCCAACAAUGUUCCCGAAGACACACCAACAGCACAUAUUUUAGAUGUUAACUAUUAACUUCAGGUUUUGGAGUCUCCUAAUGUUCUGAUGAGUUGAUUCAGAUGUGUUUUGAUUAGGUUGAAAAUGUGUGCUGUUGGUGUGCCUUUAGGAACAGGGUUGGGAAACUGGUUCAUAGCACCAGUUUAUCAGCAUUUUAGUCUGUUUUUUUUGGUUUGCUUUAGGUGGGGGGAGGUGAUUUGAAGAGUUCAGUCAUUCGGUGGCUGACAUUAAUUUGAUCUUCAUUUAAAAAGUGCAAUAAGGAAAUCCAUGCACUUGUGCCUUAGAUUUAACUGUACUUUAUGAUUUCUUUUUUACGUUUUUAUUUUAAUUUUGGCUUUCUAUUUUCCCCUUUCUGUGCAUGUACGUUCAUGCUGCAAUCAUUUCUAUUUCUCCCAUUUUGUCGUGUAAUCUCAAAGAUGUGCGGAUGUCCCUUGUGGACCAACACACUGUGUGGUGGGCCGUUUUUCUGAAAAUCGUCUGCUAAAAGUGUACAUACUCUGAGUUUCCCAGCAAAUGUAACAUCCAAAUUAGUCGUUCCCUUAACAAUACCACUAAUGACUAAAUAAGUUAAAUAAUAUAGUGUAAAUUAUACUCCUAAUUUGAUCAAAAACAAAAUGUCCACCAUUAUAAUUCUGAUUUUAAAGUGUAGAUAAUGAUGGAACAUGCAGGUUAUAGCGACGCGUUUAUUGCAUUAUUGUGCUUGAACUGUCCCUCACGUUGUAAGAUAGCUCAUGCUGCAUGUUUAGAUCAUGUGGCUUUUGCGCCGUUCGGUUGUGCUGUACGACACACCAGGGACUCGAUCGCUUGCUUUUCCUUGUAGGCAUCUCGCUUUGUGGUGAUAUUACUGUAACGCUGUGAUCUUCUGUUAACAUUACUCAGUGCUUUCGGUCUCCGUGGUGGAUUUGAAAUAAAACCCGUCCUCUGUUUGAUAAA